CUUGCGCUACGUUCAAAACAAAGCAAGGCUGCUGUCACUGCCACCUUUUGCGCUGUUUGACGAAAAGAGGGAAAAAAGUUAUUGUGGACUUUUUUGUCGGGAGUGCUCAUCUCAGGACAAUCAGAAAUUAAACCAACAGGCUCUGCAGCUCUCUGAAAUGGACAUCCAGGUCGUUGAGUCCAAGCCCCUGCUGGUUGACAGGGAACUGCCGGGCUUGAGAGAGGCUGUGCAGCAGCUCGUUACCAAGGAGCACGAUGUGGAGACCCCUCAUGGAAGAAUCCACUGUACGAUGAAGGGGGUUCCCAAGGGUGACAGACCAGUCAUCCUCUCCUUUCAUGACAUUGGACUGAACCACAAAACCUGUUGGGACUCACUCUUCAGCCAUGAGGACAUGUCAGAGAUCAUGCAGCACUUUGCCGUGUGUCAUGUUGAUGCCCCCGGGCAGCAUGAGGGAGCCAACACCUUUUCCACUGGAUAUGAGUACCCCUCCAUGGAUCAACUCUCUGAGACCCUCCCACUGGUGUUGAAGCACUUUGGGCUGAAGAGUGUUAUUGGAAUGGGCAUUGGCGCUGGAUCCUACAUUCUGACCAGAUUUGCUCUUGACUACCCAAACAUGGUGGAGGGCCUGAUGCUCAUCAACAUCAACCCCUGUGCUGAGGGCUGGAUGGACUGGGCUGCACACAAGAUCAGCGGCUGGACCCACGCCAUACCUGACUUGAUUAUCAGCCAUCUCUUCGGAAAGGAAGAGAUCCAUAACAACCACGACCUUAUUGCCACAUAUCGUCACCACAUCUUGAAUGACAUGAACCAGUUUAACCUGCAACUGUUCGUCAAGUCCUAUGAAAGUCGAAGGGAUCUAGAAAUCGAGAGGCCGAUCCCUGGAAGCAACGUCAGAACCCUCAAGUGCCCUUCUCUGCUGGUGGUUGGUGACAGCUCUCCUGCUGUGGAGGCUGUGGUUGACUGCAACACCAAGCUGGACCCAACAAAGACUACCCUGCUUAAGAUGGCUGACUGUGGUGGUAUGCCCCAGAUUGAUCAGCCUGCCAAACUGACAGAAGCUUUCAAGUACUUCGUUCAGGGCAUGGGAUACAUGCCCUCUGCCAGCAUGACCCGACUGGCCCGCUCCCGCACAGCCUCCGGCUCCUCCUUCGACGGCAACCGCUCCCGCUCUCACACCAGCGAGGGAAACCGCUCCCGUUCGCACACCAACGAGGGCCGCAGCCACAGCCACAUGACCGAGAACCAGCGCGGACGCUCCCACACGGACGGCGCCAUGGACAACAGCAAUGUGGACCAAGCCGUGCCCAAGUCCGCCGAAGUGACCUGCUAAGUGAACCUCCAUCCUCCAGACACCCAGACCUUGCAAGGUCCCUUCGGUUUGUGCUGCGCUGCCUCUAACUGCAAACUGACAGACGACAGACACACACACUUAUUCCUGUGCACAUACGUAGGAAUACACUGAAAUAGAAUAGCCUACCUGGAUAUGCUUAACGCACAAUGGACACUCGACUAUUCAGUGCAGCUGAGAUGCCCCAAAUUUCAAAAUCGUUGUAUGAGGUCAACAGGUAAACUGUAUGCCUGUUCUGUCAUGCCUGAGGGACUCAAACAUAUCUGAACAGUAAAUGCUUCUCAGUUUCUUGGUCAGGCGAGUGUGUAGUUAGGGACAACGCAGCAUCUGGAGACACCGAAGCAGAGAAUGUUGGAGAAAGCUGUGGCUGCGAAUACACCAGCUUGUACAAGUAUCUAUCAUAAUCUCUCAUGCAAAUAAAAAAAAUGUUUUAAUUUCCAUCUCUGCAUUCCCCCCAUCCUGUUUUUAUCUAUUUUUUAUUAUCAUUGACACAGCUUUCUCAAUAUACCUGACUGUAAAUGACUGUUUUCUGUUUUCACUGUAAUUGUUUGAUCAUUUUACUUUUAUUUUCUAUGUCUAAUGUAUUGUCGUUUGUACGUAGGAGCAGAGUUGUAGAUUUGGAGAGAAAAUUAAGGAGGUACUUGGGUGAAUAAAAAUGGCAGUUUGCCUCAUAAAUUGCUAUAUAACUGAAAUUAAGGGACAUAUUUCAAGUAUAUCAUGUAUAUACAACAAUGAAUAUUGUUUCAUUUUGCCAAUGUCCAUCAUUUUCAAAACAUUAUCUCUUAUUGUAACAAACUUCUAGGUCUUAUACAUCUGGUCAUUGGUGGAAUACAAUUUAUGAAUCUUUUCAGGAAUCAAAUUAUUUUUGAACAUUCCAUUGAGUCUGUAUGCUUUGUCAUGAAUCAAAACACAAAUUCAAAAGCUUUUACAUCAUAUGCUUUAUUAAUGGAUCAUGGCUUCAGACAAAAACAUUUUUUUCUCGUUUUAUAUGAUGAUUUCUAUGCAAUCAAGCACAAUGGAACAAAGAUGUGCCAUCAAAUUCUUCACUUUUUAGGUGUGAUGCUCCUAUGUGGUUGUGGAUUUUGGGUGAGUGAUGUGAUAGGUCCACAUGUUAACAUGAGGAUAGCCAUAGAACUUACCUGAUACCUUCUACUCCCGUAUUUUACUUGCACUACAGCAACAUUUGCUUUGUAGAACAUACACAGCUUUGUAAAGAUGCGAUACACAACUGUCUAAUGCUGUAGGAAAGCAUUAAAAUUACAUAACAGUUUGUAUUUAUUAAAAAAAUGAAAUAAAAAAAGUUGUAACUGA